AUGCCAUUUUUAAAUGCCCGAUGUGCAAGAAGAAUUAGAUCCGACAACAAGAAGAUUGAACGUAUUUUAUCUGCGAGAAACUCAAGAGUGUGCUUCAUUUCUUGACCGUAUUUCUUUGCUUAAAUUCAAUAAAACGUGUUCAGAAAUGGCAUCACAGAAUGUGGAUCCUAUGACGUCGGUUCCAACCGGCAAUAGGCGGAAGGAAUCGUCAAAACCUGCUGUCGAAAAGGGAGACAGUCACAAAGUCACAAAGAGGCUCCACCAAGAAUUAAUGGAACUUAUGAUGAAUCCACCCAAAGGCAUUUCAGCAUUUCCAGAUGGUGAUAACAUCUUCCUCUGGAAGGCGUCAGUAGAGGGAAGCACAGACUCUAUGUAUGAAGGGAUGCACUACAAGCUGUCAAUGACCUUUCCAGCAAACUAUUCCUUCACAGCCCCCAAAGUCAAAUUCAUCACCCCAUGUUUCCAUCCCAACGUGGACACAGACGGCAACAUCUGUCUGGACAUCUUGAAGGAGCAGUGGUUACCGUCUUACGACGUCAGGUCAAUACUCCUCUCCAUUCAGGGUCUCUUAGCAGAGCCGAACAACGACAGUCCCCUGAAUCUGUCUGCAGCUCAACUGUGGGAGAACCCGGCGGCUUUCAGGAAAACACUCCACGAAAAAUACGAGGCUGAUGCCAAAAGAAGGGACAAAUAAAAUAAUGCCGCAACAGAGAAGGGCUGUACAGACAUUCUUGAGCAAACAUUAAAAGUGUUUUAUUUCUAGAGAUCAUAAUCAUAAUUGAUAAUUGACACUGUAAAUUUGACAGAGAUAUUUUAAGAGGCCGAGGCUUCUACUAUCCGCUGUAAAAGGGUUUACAGAAAUCAACAGACUGGCCAAAUUUGCUGAUCUGCUGGAUAAAUUUCUGACAGAUGCAGAAGUCCUUAACAGAAGGUGUAGUUGGCAAAAAGGAAUUUGAAGUGCUUAAAUUGAAAAUGUUCUAAACACUGUUGUAUCCUUUGGCAAUUUGGCGCUUUAUAAAUACUGUUGUUAUUAUUAUUAUUAUU